AGGUCUGUAGAACACACCUGCUGACAUUUAGUCCCGCUGUUCUGAUGUGUCCUGGAGAUGAAAUCCGACCCUGAGAGCAUGAGGGUGGAGAUAAAUGAGUUUCCUGAGCCACGUAUGGAGCGGCAGUUCCGCCCUCAGCUGGCGGCUGUCAGCCGGGGGCCCCUCUGACUCAGUCUGUGCUCCUGCAGGGAGAUCUGCCUCUGAAACCACCGAGAAAUGGAGGGAGAAGAAAUGCUGGAAGACUUCCUGGGAGUGAUGACUAUUCAACCAGUACAAGUAUGAACUUACGCCAACAGCUGGAUCCUGGUUGAAGCGAAAUAUCUGAUUUGGAUUCCAGUAAUCAUGAUCAUGAGGGUCUUCAUGACCAAGCAUGGACCUUGGUAAGAACUGGAACUUGUCCAGUUCAGUGUGGUCCACCAGUGUCAUUUCCAGUUACAGCAGUCAGGCUACAUCCAAAGAUGUUUCUCUGCGCUACAGCUUCGGACGCCCCGUCCUCUCCCUGCAGCUCCCUGCAGGUCAGAAAUGCCGUUUCACUCUGACGCCGAUGUUGACCACUGUGGACGACUUGCUGCAGGACAUAAAAGCCAAGGAUGUUACUGUGGAAAGCGCUGCACUGUUAAACAAAGAUGGACAGAGGAUCUCCUCCUGCACUUUGAUGGAAACUGUCCUCAUUAAUGACUUUCAGAUCCUCCUCAAUGACAACACGUACAACGUUCGCUCGCUUGGACAAGGCUCGUCCAAUGAGCACGUGCUGGGUUUGGAUGACAUGAAGUACACGGUCCACCUUCUCCACGCUGCUCUGAGUCUUCCUAAGCAGUUACAUCUCAGGCAUUCGGAGCUGCUGGUGGAAAAGGAGAAGCUGACACAGCAGCUGAAGCCACUAGAGACUGUGAAAAUGCUGAUGGCGAAGGAAGCAGAGAGUCGAGCGACCCUGCUGGGUUGGGUGGGGCUGGCCUACCUAUCUCUGCAGGGGGGAUUCCUGGGAUACCUCACCUGGUACGUGUUCGCCUGGGACGUAAUGGAGCCGGUCACCUUCUUCAUAUCUUGCACCACAAGCAUGAUCUUCUUCGGCUACUACAUCCUUACCAAGCAGGAUUUCGUCAUGCACGAGGUCUGGGAUCGUCACUUCCUGCUCCACUUCCACAAGAAGGCGUCAGUGGAGAGGUUUGACGUUGAUGAGUACAACAAGCUGAAAGACAAGCUUGCAAAGGUGGAGGACGACCUGCAGAGACUGAGGAGCGCCAUUCAGCUGCAGCUGCCAGUCGAUCAGAUUCAACCUCAGAGAUCAACCUGAACUUUAACCUCCAUCCCCUAAAUGACAUGUUUGCACUUUUAGGCAUUUGUUUAUUUUUUAUGAAAGCUGAUUAAAACAUUUUCUCGGAUGAGACAAUAAAGUAAAACACUGGU